CGUAAAGAAGUGGAAAACAAUAUCAGCUGCGUGCGUCUGUCACUUGCAAAUGUGUUGUGUUGGCCUUUGUUUAUAGUCACUGGAAGGAAGGAGACAGAGGUGCCUUCAGCACCACAAGAAAGUUUUUUUACACUUAUUCUGUAAACUCCUCCUUUCCUUGAUGGCUUUCGUGAUGGUGGGUGGUUGUAGUUUUAAUUAUUCUAGUGUGUACGCUCUUUAAAAAAUACAUUUAUCUUUCCAGAGAGGCCGAAAAAAAUAAAAAAGGGGGGGAGAAAGAGAGACAAAGUUGUGUUGGUAAAAUGAAAGAGGAGUCUGGUGGCAGGAGUGUAGAGGAGGCAGCAUAUGGCUGUAGAAAGAGCACAGCUGGAGGUAGCAUCUCCAUCUGAGGAUGAUGUCAGAGCAGCUGACAGGCUGCCAUCCACCCCACCUCCUCCUCCUCCAUCCCUCCACUGCCUCCACCCCUCCCCAGUCCUUUAUUGUGAGUCUCAGCGGCAGCCUGGGAGAGUUAGUGCUGUGUGUGUGUGUGUGUGUGCACGCUGUGUAUGUGUUUGUGGCUGCCAGUUAGGAGGAGGAGGAGGAGGAGGAAGAAGAAGAGGAGGAGGAGGAGGAGGAGGGAGGUGGUAUCUCGUUCCCCCUCCAACAUCUCCUCCACUUUGCAUCUGUCCCUCGCAGUUUGAACAGUGUGGGUUUUUUUGCCUGCCUCCUUCUUCUUCUCUCCUCUUCUACCCACUCAUUGAUUCAGCGAGAGAGCGAGCGAGGAAGAGAAAGAGCAGAGAAAAGAGAGAGAGGGAGAUACACAACCGUUCCCAGCCUGAGAGCCCGGCUAUUCUGCUACAGUGGAGUUAAUCAAGUUGAUGCAUACUGCUGCAGGUUAUGAGGACGGCAGGAUGGAGUUCCCAGACCACAGCAGACAUUUACUCCAGUGUCUGAGCGAGCAGCGGCACCAGGGCUUCCUGUGUGACUCCACGGUGCUGGUGGGCGAUGCCCAGUUCCGCGCUCACCGCGCCGUGUUGGCCUCCUGCAGCAUGUACUUUCACCUUUUCUACAAGGACCAGCUGGAUAAGAGGGACGUGGUGCACCUCAACAGCGACAUUGUCACAGCCCCGGCCUUUUCCCUGCUCCUGGAGUUCAUGUACGAGGGCAAGCUGCGGUUCCAGGACCUUCCCGUGGAGGACGUGCUUGCAGCGGCCAGCUACUUGCACAUGUAUGACAUUGUCAAGGUGUGUAAGAAGCGUUUGAAGCAGAAGGCCACAGCAGAGGCGGACAGCACGCGCAGAGAGGAUGACGGCGGCUCCAGCUGCUCCGACAAGGCCGACAGUCUAUCAGAUGGUUCUACGGGCCGACCUGCUACCGCCGACCUGCUGCACAGCGAUGAAGAGGAGGAGGGGAAGACAGAAGGAGGACCUCUGUGGCUGAGGCUGCCCGCCGCAGACAGAGCGGGGACGCCCGCCAUUGCGACGACCAGCCCGGGGCACGGCGAGGCUGAGACGCCAGGUGGGGAAGGUCUGGGGGACGGUGGGAAGCUCCUCUCCCCUGCCGGCAGCCCCACCAGCUCCACCGGGUCUCUCUCCCAGAGGUCCCAGAGAUCCCAUCGCUCCGUGAGCUCUCGAGGAGGACACAGGGGCAGGAGGGUGUCGAACGACGCGGCCGACUGCGUCCUGGACCUGUCAGUCAAGCCGAUCGCCGGUAGCAACCACAGCAAUCACCACCAGUCCUAUUUCAGCGGGGCGGCGACGCCGGACAGCCUCCAAAGCCCAUUGGCUGUCAGGGUGAAGGUGGAGAGAGGCGUGGCUUCGGACGAGGAAGAGGACCUGGGAGGCGGGGAGUAUGACAUGGAGCACAGCGGCCUCACCAAGGCCACGGGUCCCAACACCAACGGGGGCCUGAGCCACCACGGGGUCGGGGGUCCGCUGUCAGCCCAGCGGAGGCUCGGCCUGGAAGCGCACCUGUCCGCUCUGCGAGAGGCCUCCCUGGCCUCAGAGCUGGAGCGGGACGAGAAGCCCCCGGCCUCGGCAGACGACGAGGACAUACUGGGGGGCGAGAACGAGCGCGCCCAGGCCGAGGCGGCCAGCAUGGAUAACUCGCUGCUGCCUUACGUCUCGAACAUGCUGUCCGCUCAACACACCCAGAUCUUCAUGUGCCCGCUGUGCAACAAGGUUUUCCCCUCCCCUCACAUCCUCCAGCUCCACCUCAGCUCCCACUUCAGGGAGCAGGAGGGCAUCCGCUCCAAGCCCGCCGGAGACGUCAACGUGCCCACCUGCACCAUCUGCAGCAAGACCUUCUCCUGCAUGUACACGCUGAAGCGCCACGAGCGGACACACUCCGGUGAAAAACCGUACACCUGCACCACCUGCGGCAAGAGCUUCCAGUACUCUCACAACCUCAGCCGUCACGCUGUGGUGCACACGCGCGAGAAGCCGCACGCUUGCAAGUGGUGCGAGCGGCGCUUCACGCAAUCCGGGGACCUCUACCGACACAUCCGCAAGUUCCAUUGCGAACUGGUCAACUCGCUGUCAGUGAAGAGCGAACCGCUGGCGCUGCCCAAUGUCAGGGAUUGGGCUAUUGAGGACAGCUCCCAGGAACUGUGGAAGUAGAAGCAGACCGCUCGGUUUGACAAAAGGGAAAGAGACGGAGGAUGAGGGCAGAGAGGCUCGGGGAGGUGAAGGGGAGGUGGGGUUUAAGUGAGUCAUGUUCUUGUUUGUUGCAACAUCUCAUUCAAUUGCACUUUAAUAGCACAUGAAAAUGUUACUACUGAGUUUUUUUUUUGUUGUUGCUAUUUGAGGUAAUUUUGUUUUAUCCUAUUUUAUUCUGAACUUUUUUAUUUGGCGUUAAGUUUUCUUCUGUUGGUGGUUCUAACUGCGUCUACGGACACGGGUCCCAGUGAGAAUGUCUCGCCUUUUUUGAAGAGUUUUCACUCUGUUUGUGUUUCAUCCCAGACACAACACUCCGACGCUGGCCAGCGUGUCGGUCCCCAGUUCCAACAGACAGCAAAACACCACUGCAGGAGUUCAGGUCGAACACACUGAAGUGAGAAAGCAUUACAAUACACUAAACGGGUACUGUGAUCACCGCAAAUCGAUGCCACCGCACACGCAGUUUGAAGAAGUGUGUGUGUGUGUGUGUGUGCGCGCGUAUGUGUGCGUGUGUGAUACUGCACUACUCUGGCAAAAAAAAUUUCACCUGAUGUGCGUGAGUGUGUGUGUGAGCGUGUUUUGUGUGUGUUAAUUUUUAUUUUUCUUCUGGCAUGGAGGUGUCGGCGAAGCGCUCCCCGCUUCUCCUGUUAAGCUCUUUGGUGUUGUGUGUUCAGGGGAAAGCUGACUGACUGACAGACAAACUGAUGGCACUCAUGCAAUGCACAGCCUCCUUUUUUCACUUCCAAUCAAUUUGAAGUAUUUUCUAAACACAAAAAACCUUUACAAAUAAUAAUAAUUAUUAUUGUUAUUGAUAGAAUUUUUUCUUAAAUCUAGCUGGCAGUCUUUAAAACAUCUCUUGUUGAAAAGGUAUUUAAUUUAAAGUUGUUGUAUAUUGUUCUGCUAUAGUUUUAAAACUUUAAUCCUUUACAUUUUUUAAAUUAAUGAUUAUUAUUAAUAUUAUUAUUUUGUUACUUUUUUUUGUAAUGGGACCUGCUGUUGUUGCAUGACGUCCAAACCUGUAUAUUUUAAAAUAAAAAUGUGAAUUUGCUGUAUUACUGUACACAUUGUAAUUGAUCAAAUAUUUGACAACGGGCUUUUCCUUUUUCUUUUCUUUGUGAAUACUACUCCAGGGUGCGGUCUGUUGAAAAAAUAUUAUUCUCACGACUACGGGGGAGAAAUGCAUGAAAAUUUUUGAUUUUGUCUUAAACCUUUAAGUUGUGGUUUUUCGCAUUAAGGGGGAAACGUUUGAAUUUUUGACAGUGAAAAGUUUUUUCUACUCGUCGUAGGUCUGUCGCUGGGCUCCUAGAAGAAUGUUACCGAAUGUGUUUUCCGUCGGGCGUUGAAUCGAAGCGAUAUGAUGAAGCAUUUUAAGCCUGUGUCUAUAUGCACUGAUCUCUCUGCUGUGUGUGUGUGUGUGUGUGUGUUCGUGUGUGAGUGUUUAUGAGUGUGUGACUCGGUCCGUACCAGUCAAUUUAACUCGCUGAAGAUCUACAUCCACCCAGCACUUCUUCUUCUUCCUCCUCCUCCUCCUCCUCCUCCUCCUCCUCGUCCUGCUCCUUCUCAGGCGUUCUCCUCCAUUACGUGUUUCCCAUCUCUUCUGUGUCCGUCCUCUCUACUACUAAACGCGGUCAAGCCAUUUCUUAAAUUAUUCCCGCAGUUUCAGGCUCUUAUUUCAGGUCUGUCGAGUGCAGUUUUUUGUGGCUUGGCUAAAGUGUGAAGGACACAGGGAGAAAAAGAAGGAGGCCCGAACCUGAGCUCUCCUGCUGAAAGUUGAAGGGUCAGAUAUCUCCAUCACUCUUGCUUCGUGUCGAGCUGAGCUGAGCUGAGCGAGGCCGACAGCUCGGCGCGUUUUCACAUUAGAUGCAGUGAAUGUCACGAGGCGUCUGUGCGUGUUUCGCCUCUUACCGCGAGAUAGAUGCAAGAGAAUUGGCGUGCACCUUUUUAAGCUAAAACACACGAAAUCAGAUUUUUGCUGAAAAGAUGCCUUUUAUUAAAAAUUUCUGACUCUGUGGAAGUAUUUGAUACUGUAGAGCUUUGAGAAAUGGUUGUGUAAAUUCAUGGAAUUUAUCAGAAAAAUUAUGUCUUAUUAUAUUUUGAUCAUGUGAUUGGAGUUUUUUUUUUUCUUCGUAUGUGAAUGUGUCGGGGCUACAUCAGUUUAUUAAUUCAAACUAAAGUAAUGGUCGAGCGUUUGUACAAUCCACGUUUCCCCUCUCCGCUCAGACGUGUGCGUUUGUGUGUGUGCGCGCGCGUGUGUGUGCAUGGCGGCCCCCACUGAUGUGCAUGUGGCAUGGGGUGGGGGUGGGGGUGGGGGGUGGUGGUGGUGGUGGUCGCAUGUGCCGCCCCGUCAUCUGGUGGCACCUACAGGCUUUGCCAACGCAACAGUGUGGGUGACAUUGCGGCAGUUUGCACCACAUCGUCUCAUUUUUGUCUCGAAAUGUUAUUUCUUCACGGGCAGCGCCUCUGCAUAUGGGCUCCCUCCAUCCUGCUGUUGUUUUCAUCAUUACUGCUGUUUUGUUUUUUUUUUUUUGUUGUUUUUUUUUUGUUUUUUUUCCCUGUCCCUCUGGUUGUACUUGACCGCCUUAAACUGCUGUAGUCCGCGCUGUUUUAUUUUUAUUAAUUUAAUUUAAUUUUUAAAAAAAGUGUGAGUGUGGGGUGGAGUUGCGGGGAGUCAAGACGCUGUGAAAUAUCCACCCUGACGAGACAUCUCCAUAUUUUGCUGUGCUUACUUGAAAAUCAAAAGGGGGGGGGUGUUUUUUUUUUGUUUUGUUUUUGUUUUUUAAGAUAUAAAAAUAAAAAAAAUGUCAUAGACAGUUUUAUGGACAGGCAGAUGAGGGGUCGCGGGGUGGGCGUAGGGGUGGGCUGGUGGGAGGGUCCGUGGAAAUGACUGAGUGUUUUGAAAAAGGACAAUCACUGUCUGGGGGGGAAAAAAAACAAGCAGAUUUUGAUUGAGAUAUAUUUGCUCCCUCUUGAGAUUACAAUUCCUUUCUUUCUUUGCUUUUCUCUUUAUGUUCCUUUUUUCGGAUUUAGUCAUUUUAGCUUUGACAAUCAUAGCUGGGUUGAUUUAUUGUUAUUUUUUGUUUCUCGAGGGGAGUAAAUUCUAAUUGUGUUUAGUUUUGUAAUUUUUUGGUGUGCUGUUGUUGAACAUUUUUAAAUUGUGUGCAAACUGCAAUAAAUUAUAAGAAUCUUGAAAUUCAAA